CCAAUAGCAAUGCUGUACAAGUAUAUCAUGCUCGAUCAAGUAAACUGCGGUUGGCCGAUGACCCGGCACGAUGACUGCCUUGGUCUCAUCCAAAUAAAGCACAUUGUUGAUAUUGUCAAUCCUCCUGCGUACCUGUACAAGAUUCCUUCCAGGAGCACAGACCCAUCUCGGGCUCCGUACAACCAGGCUCUUUUGUAAAUGGCUUUCUGCUUACAAGUACAAGGCCUUCAGAACGGACUCCAGACGGCCGCAGCAUCCGCAUCGUCGAAGAAAAGAGCUUCGGCCAUGGUGCCUUUCAGCAAGCCCAUAGGCUCAUGGUGAGCCGCAGAGCAAAGGAACCCGGAUAUCUUGGUGGAGAGUAACAUUGAAGUCAAACGGCAUCGUGAUGGUUUUUGGCCAAUGGCUGCCAAGCAUGGCCCUUCGGCGUAUGCGUCACACAGACGAAGAUGCCCUUUGGUUCCUCAGCUGGCGAAUGGCUUGUUAGUGCCAGCGACUGGGAUCCUGCCCGUGUGCAAAAGUUCUUUUCCAGCCCAGCGCUCGGCCUCGUGUCUUUUCUCCCCGAGCACUCCAGUAUAUGUACAUGUUGUGCCGUAUAGUACUGUAGAUAGCAUAGCCACCCAUUACGUGAAACGACAUUGUAAUCGUCAGCAUGUGUCCAAUGGUAUUUUUUUCUUCUUCUUCUUUUUCUUCUGUUUCUUCCUUCUUACCUAGUACAAGUAGUCCAAGUGGCGCCCAACGCAAUCGUCGUGUUAGGGCAUAUCAAGCUGAGCGGCUUUCGGCACUAAGCCAACCCGGCAAAAAGCCUCAAAAUAGCACACUAUGGCUGGCCUUUGGACUUGAAAUGAGCAUAAAAAAUUACUAGGGAUAAAAUGCAUGGCCAUGACUCUUGUGAUUUCAAUUUCACCAAAACGAAGACAUGAUCGCCAACGCUUGCACUCGAACGGUGGAGAAAGAGA